UGCACUUCUACCUCAACACUCACUCUCGCCAAGACUCCACAUGGCCUCCGUAGCGGAUACCCCCACCGCCUCAUCCUCUUCUCCAGAGUUGCUAGCGCUGCAGGAAAAACUGAAGGCGCUUUCAGAAGUCAAUGCACAGCUGCGCACCGUCAGGCGCAUUCCCACACAGCUGGUCAAGCCACCGGAAGUUGGGAUCUUGCAGCAGCUCAGCUUCGACACGACCCCGGCUGAGAAGUUUCAGCUUGUCAAAGACCUCGCGGAUGCGAUAUCCUCUGAGCGGGUGCAGAGCUCGCUGAGUGCAGCGCGGGCUAGUGAACAGAAAGGCAAAGGCGAUCUUGUGUUCACUAAGCCGCGUGAGGCUCGCAAACGAAAACGACAACCUUCGCCUGAAUCACCAAGGGUGCAUGUGUUUGAAACACCAAAACGAACAUCGCACUUUCCUGCCGAUGACGCCCCUCCAUUGAAAUUGGAUGGACUCGUCGAGUACCUGAAGGAUUUCAACCGUGCGAACCCCAAAGGCAAAGUUCAUAUCGUCACAUCGCUGCCCCAGCAGAAGUUGGCCUGCCCUCUUGUUCUCCGCUUCGCUAUACGUGAUGCGCUCACAAUUUUCCUGUCCGUGGACGAAACGGACGGGAUGUCGCUGAUCGUGGAGAACGCCACGGCCUUUGCGUCGCGCGAACAGAAACCUCAUCACUCCCAAUCAGACUUCGUGGUGUUUCAGAAGCUGACCCAGCAAGUGGCGAGAAUGCUGCAGUCCGAACCACAAGUCUCUCUUCGAGCAACCUUGGCCCUCCUUACCUCGUAUGAGAAUCUGUUCUCACAAAAGUGCACGAGAGAAUCAUGUCGGCGGAUACUAUCUGUGGAAGCGCAUAUCCCUCCCGUGGCGCGCGUCUGGUCAGAAAAUGCUCGCCUCUGGACGCAGGAUGGGCUGGAGAACAGCGGAUCUCCGGGAUGGGAGCCGUACCACCCUACCUGCCUGCAGCGUUGAUACUAUCGCGCACCGCAGCUUCUCGCGACUAGUCUAAACCUCGUCAAGGCGUGCUGCUCGACCACUGUGCGUCACCAAACACAGCCUUGUCCACGAUCUGUAUUGUACUGAUCUAGGCAGGACUCGGAGGUUGUGACAGUUCUCAGCGUUACUUCUGCAACAUGUCUUACUCCUGUCUGGUACUUCCAAUGAUAUGAUACCCUAUACUCUACGCACGAUAUACCACUAUGCUGUUCACAGCAAUUCUUUAUACAGACUCUGCCUUCUCGAACGUUC